AUGGAAGCCGAAGGCUCAUUUAUAAGUUCGACGAUGAUAAUGUAUGAGGACGAAUCUGUGGAUAUUCACUAUGAAAAUGGGGCACAGUUACAACUUUCGCCGUGUGGGAGCGAAUUUAUGUUGGUGAAAGGCUCAGUCGCCAUUAAUGGACAUACACUUGAGACUCCCGUGAGAGUUCGACAGAGGACGCGGUUCACGAUCAGUGCUUAUAAAAAGUUCGUCAUUGCUGCAUUGAUAUUCAGGAAUAAGUAUGCUAGUCAGCCAUAUCUGCCAAAGGAACUUACCGCUCCUGGUCACAAAAAGCCUUUGAGAAGUAUUAACUUGGAAGUGCUGUGGCCUAGCUUGUCCUCCAGCGAGGCUGCGAUUGGACCUGAAAGUGAGACCAUCAUCAAAUCAGAGGACAAAAGCACUGUUCUGACACUGGCAGCCUCGGGUGAAGAGUUCUUUGUGGAGUAUGCAUGCCGAUUUAGCGAAAAUCGCCAUCAACAACCACAAAAUUUAGACAGAGACCUCGAAUGCAUCCAAGACAAUCAACAGCAGCGUGAAAGUAGCUUGACUUAUUUGACUGCAGAAUACCUACAGAGCCCCAUUAAUGACAUCCAAAAGGUUGAUCAGGCGGGAAGAAAAAUAUCAUGUUCUCCUCAAAUGAUCAUUGAUGAGGCCAAGCCAGAGGAGAAGUACCAGUCUGUCACAGUAGUCCAGCACCACUCCUGUCAUAGAAUUGCACCAUCUUGGUGCUACCCUCUCUCCUUGGCUCGCCAUCACUGGACAGCGCGUGUGUCCAUACUUGGUGAUUCUGAAGAAGACCAAACCAGAAGUUCAAAGACUGGGCAAAUUCUGAAUAGAACAGACUUGGCUAUUGAAGAAAGAAGGUUUCUCCUCCCACAAGCACUGCCUCUGAUCUGCCCGUCACCUCACCUUCACAGUUGGAAGUAUCCAGAUCCAAUCACACAAAAUCAACCAGAUCAAAACUCUCUAACAGAACUGGUGAAAGUCCUGUGGCACCAAGGGGUGACAUACAGGAUACUAGACGAUGAUGUCCCACUCAUAGAAGUUUCUCUUGGGGAUGGAUCUGUCAUCCGAUCUAAAGGAGUCCUCAGCUUGUACUUUACUCAUUAUAAGCCUCAAUGCCGAUCUACCGAAACCAAUGUAAAAGAGGUAACGUAUCACAUCAAUGGUCUUCCACCUGACAUACCCGGACAGUUGUAUUCCAUUUCCUCUAUUGUGAGUCGUGCAAGCAGUCUUCUUACCAGAUACAAAGAGGCCAAAAAAAUAAGACUCAUUGAUACACCAAGCUGCUUCAUACAGGUGGAGAUUAACUUUUACAUGGAUAUGUGCAUUGUCUGA